UCAGGAAGAAGAUCCAAGGAGCUGGAGCACGCGGAGGAAAGAUAUGCAGCUCUCCUAGAGCGGCGCGCCUAUUUCGAAGUAGAUAAGAAAGAGAUGUCGAACCGAAGAAGCGCUUCGGUCAAGAUCUUUCGGCCGAUAUGGUUUUGCCUAGAGAGGGGGCAUCCGAUACGUGGUUAGUCAAGAACUUAUGUCCGCUGCCCGUGAAUCGCAGGCGAUAACGGGGUCAGGCACAUUCGCAAGCAGCUCGCAUCCUUGAGCCGUAUCCGACGUUGAAGCCAAUAAUUGCGCCUGACGACUGGAAGUUGGUCAUUUGAUGAAGAGGGAGCCUGAGGGCCUCGCCCGGCCACGGCUCCGGUCGCCGGCCACUGACCGCUCACGUCAGCACCAAAUCACCUUUCAUACUAGACACGUCCACUGCGUAGCAGAGCUAUCUCGGUGUCUCGCGCUCAUUUCCCCUUCGCCCAAGAUGAUGACCAAGACGCGGUAUGGCGUCCUUGCGUUCGCGGUCUUGAUCGGCAUGCAUUACAUUCUUAGUUUCUCGCACGAGGGAUACGGCCAAGCGACCUCUUUGGAAUCCAUCGCCAAACAAUUUUCUUCCUCCUUUCCCAAAGGGUCGAGCUCGAACUCCACCACAGUCCCCGGUCACAAGAUUUGGCACGAGCCGCCAUAUAAGACUCCCAUCCCAGACACGUUCUAUCUGAAGCCCAACACUACUCAGAGAAGAGCAAACGCCGUCAUCGUAUCUCUGGCUAGGAACGGUGACUUGGAUGGCAUCAUUCGAAGCGUCGCGCAGCUCGAAGUCAAAUUCAAUCAAAAGUUCAAGUAUCCCUACGUGUUUUUGAAUGAAGAACCAUUCACGGACCACUUCAAGAACACCGUCCGCACUCUCACCGAUAGUAAGGUCGAGUUCGGGCUAAUUCCCCACGACCACUGGUUCCAGCCCGAUUGGAUUGACGAGAAUAAGGCGGCCGCUGCGCGGCAGGACAUGAUCGAACAUGAUGUUAUCUAUGGCGGUAGCGUCCCGUACCGCAAUAUGUGCCGGUUUAACUCCGGAUUUUUCUACCGUCACGAGCUGCUCAAAAAGUACCGGUACUACUGGCGUGUCGAGCCCGACAAGUACGGUUUCACGAUCUCCCUUCCUGAGUACGAGCGAACGAUCCCUACGCUCUGGGCGACGGUUAGGGACUUCAUCAAGGAGUAUCCCGAGCUGAUCUCGCCGGAAAACGCCAUGGGCUUCCUCAGCGACGAUGGCGGCCUGACUUACAACAACUGCCACUUCUGGUCCAACUUCGAAAUUGCUGAUCUCGAUCUCUGGCGUGGAGAGGCAUACACCAAGUUCUUUGAUUUCUUGGACUCACGAGGAGGCUUUUACUAUGAACGAUGGGGUGAUGCACCAGUUCAUUCCAUCGGAGCAGCACUCUUCGCUCGCAAAGAUCAGAUCCACUUCUUCGAUGACAUUGGUGAGUUGGAGACGCACUUUGUCGCGCAGCUCGGACCAAUUGAUUGCCAGGCUAUCACCACAACCCGUUCCAGCACUGUCCGCAGGAGCCAUCUCACUCUCGAGGACAAUGCGGGUGUGACGUCAAUGACAACUUUGAUCGCGAGGGCUGGUCGUGUCUCAAUCGUUAUGAUCGCAUAUUCACAUAGAGUACAUCCUCAUACCAAUGGGUCCCCCACCUUCUCGGACCAGGGUGCAGUCUACACCUCAUCGAGGUCACCAACGGAACCAAUCCAUUUCCGGUCUUCCGUUGAACAUAUCGGGAAACCCAGGAUUGAACUUACCACCAUCCUCUGCUGGGCCCUACCGGACGUCUUUCCAUGCCUCUCCGGUCUCUCCAUUUCGCAACAACUUCCCCCACAAUCAUUCGCGUACUCGCUCCGUUUCCAGCCCGUACUCUCCUUCUCUUCCCUCUCCGCUGUCUACGAGCACUCAGCGCCGUCAAACUCGACCCGCGACGCAGACGGCAAUCUCAAACCCCCCAUAUCACCCCACACCCGGAGACAUUCGCGUAUUCACUCGAGGAAUCUAUCCGUGUUCUUCCCCCGACCAGGCUCCGUUUCCGAGGCCACUAUUGACGAAGACGGAGUGCAGGAGCUGGAGAUAAGGCCGACGCUGGGGGCAGGGUUUUCGUUUGGGACCACGCCUCCGCCAGAGGAGAUGCCCAUGCCAUCGGCGAAUGAGUCCGGUGGGAUCACUCCUUCUUCCUCUGCCAGCCGGCGUGGUCACCAUCACAAGCACUCCGUCUCUCAUACGUUCUUUUCGUUUCUCGAGCCGCGGGGUACCGACUCUCAGACGCUGGUGACGCAGCCGACUCCGACACCUAUCUCACCAUGGAUGCCCAUCUCCCCCUUUCCUUCAGAUGCUUCUCUCAGCUCUGUCCCAGGGAAGACGGAGCCUCCAUUGCUUCGCGACCAGCGUCAGGCCCAGCCUCGUGCCGUGUACCUGGCUACUGCGACGGGACAAUUCCUUCUGGGAGCGACUUUGUGGGUUCAGGGCCAGCAGUGCGGCUCGCUCUCAGUGACGGCACUGGGCUACUGGGCCGUUUUUGAUGCGAUAGGCGUCGCGAUUCCUCACUUGCGGUUUCACGUUUCAAAACCAUAUGCGACGGCCAGGACUCUCCCGGUUCUGCUGUUCGCGCAGUCAGUGUAUCUGAUGUUCUCGGCGGUCUAUGUGUGCAAAGAAGCGCUGGAACAUCUGCUACUGAGUGCUGAUGCUGGCGACGGACAUCAUCACCACGCGGGUGAUGAGGUGGCUGGCAUCCUGUUCCCUCUGAUCACCACUUUUUCGACCUUUUGUGCGUUGGCUGGCACGGCCUUCAUCCUCGACAGCCAUGCGCGGCUGCUCGAAACCCGCGGCCUCAGCUUCGCUUCUCAGGCCAGAGCCGACGGCACCUCUGGCACGUGCUCUUUCGAAUCCGUACUCUGCGACGCCACUCCUCAUCGCGCUGGGGAUCUUGGGCACCGCCCUGGUUGUUCCCCCGGGCGAGCACCGGCCGGUGGACCUUGCGCUGGCUGGUGCAGCCAGUGCUGCGACAUUCAGUGCAGCCUACAGGGCUUGUAUCGUGCUCGGGGCCGUCCUGUUGCAAACUGCGCCUGCUCGGGGACUGCGUUCAGGGCGGAUGGAGGCAUUUCUGCGAGCGAUGCGAGAUGUGGAGAGACACCCGCAAGUCCUCCAUCUUCCCGCGCCCAUAUCUGGCAGCUGGCCGCUGAUGGAGGGCUCGAGGAUGGGGAUGGGAUGGUUGUCACACUUGAAGUUCAUGUCAGCCCGACGCUUGGUGACGACGAUGUGUUGGUGCUCACGCGUUGGGUGAGAGAUCGUGUUGCUACCGCUCUGGGGAUGGGUGGAUCUUCCGGUCAGGCCGAAGUCACGGUCGGAGUAGUCAGAGGCUAG